AUGGCGAUGAACAGACCAACGACGGCGAUGAGGAGACCAACGAUGGCGAUGAGCAGACUAACGACUGAGAUGAGGAGACAAACGACGGCGAUGAGCAGACUAACGACGGCGAUGAGCAUACAAACGACGGCGAUGAACAGACUAACGACGGAGAAUGGAAAGCAGCAUGCAACUGAAGAACCACAGACGCAGAAACGAAUUGAAAAAAGAGUUCUAAAAAGUAGUUCGUCCAAAGAGAAAGAGACAACAACAGAUAUCCGUCAAAGACAAAGAACCGGUGAAGCGGUUAAUAAGGCUCCUUACACAGAGAUUCCAGUCGGAUUUACGACGACACGUGACGGAGGAGCAAACACAAACGACGGCGAUGUGGAGACCAACGACGGAGAUGAGGAGACCAACGUCGGAGAUGAGCAUAGAAACGACGGAGAUGAACAGAACAACGACGGAGAUGAUGAGACCAACGACGGCGACGAGCAGACCAACGACGGCGAUAAACAGACCAAUGACGGAGAUGAACAGACAAACGAUGGCGACGAGCAUACAAACGACGGAGAUGAGGAGACCAACGACGGUGAUGAGCAUAGAAACGACGGAGAUGCGGAGACCAACGACGGCGAUGAGCACACAAACGACGGAGAUGUGGAGACCAACGACGGAGAUGUGGAGACCAAUAACGGAGAUGUGGAGACCAACGACGGCGACGAGCACACAAACGACGGAGAUGCGGAGACCAACGACGGAGAUGCGGAGACCAACGACGGAGAUGAGGAGACUAAUGACGGAGAUGUGGAGACCAACGGCGGCGACGAGCAUACAAACGACGGAGAUGAGGAGACCAACGACGGCGAUGAGCACACAAACGACGGAGAUGCGGAGACCAACGACGGAAAUGAGGAGACAAACGACGGAGAUGUGAGACCAACGACGGAGAUGAACAGACCAACGAUGGUGACGAGCAUACAAACGACGGAGAUGUGGAGACCAACGACGGCGACGAGCAGACCAACGACGGAGAUGAACAGACCAACGAUGGCGACGAGCAUACAAACGACGGAGAUGAGGAGACCAACAACGGUGAUGAGCAUAGAAACGACGGAGAUGCGGAGACAAACGACGGCGAUGAGCACACAAACGACGGAGAUGCGGAGACCAACGACGGAGAUGAGGAGACAAACGACGGAGAUGUGGAGACCAACGACGGAGAUGAACAGACGAACGACGGAGAAUGGAAGGCGACAUGCAAUUGAAGAAUCCGAGAGUAUCGGUAGUUGGAUAGAAGGAGCAAUGAUGGUGUUUUUAUUAUCAUAUUUUUUGAUAAAUGUUCUACGCCGUAUCACAAAUUAG